AUGGAAGUUAAUACCGGAGUACACGACGGCUUCACUCCCGUUAAGGAUGGAAAUGAAGGUUAUGCUUCUUCUGGAGGAUACAGCCAGAUUUCCUCCAUGGAUUCCCCCCCGAAGUACCACUUCAAGUUUUCUGUGAAUGACAGCAAAAGUGGGGAUGUGAAGAGCCACGAGGAGACCCGAGAUGGCAAGUACGUCCAGGGCAAAUACUCAGUUCUCCAACCUGAUGGUCUGACAAGAACAGUGAAUUAUCAUACGGACGACUGGGGCUUCAAGGCAGAUGUUGCCUAUGCAUGA